AUGACUUCGAUGUCUCCCGUUGCCGACGCUCUUGCAGACGGCCCCCCCGCGACCAGUGGCAGCAGCAGUAACAACGGUGGCGAUGCUGCUAAACGAAAAGUGGAACCCAACAGCGGAAUCCAGACCCGGACAAAGCGGAAUCGCUACAUCUCGCUGGCCUGCAAUGAAUGCAAAAGACGGAAAAUCAAGUGCAAUGGCCAAGUGCCCUGCCAGCGCUGCGGUCAUCUCUCCUUGGAAUGUCUCUACGCCCCCAACUGCUGCACUCGUAGCAUCAAAGAUUCAGAAGAAUUUCGUUCCAUGAAAGAGCAUAUCGAGACGCUGCAAGAUCAAGUGAACACAUUAUUUGCAAGUAUAAAUGAUCUCUACCACAAGACCGAGACUUCAGCCAUUGAGACCAGUGCAUAUUGUCGAGAAGCUUCACGCUCCAUAUCCCAGCCAAGCUAUGAUUCUCAGAAUCAAAACUCAUCACGGCCUCGAUCGAGCUAUCCUCGCUUUCAUGGGCCCACGAGCACCACAUUUAACCUCCACGUUGCCAAGUCAAGUCUCCAAACGAUGGGCAUUACUCCAGCUGAAGAUAGCAAUCAUGAGCUGUUUGCUAGUCAAGAUGCGACGCCGGCUGCUUCCCCAACCCAACAGCAGCAAACACUACCCCCUAUCCCACAGCUUCUGGCCCAUCCGAAUAAGGAUCCCCUGUGGGUAAUAAAACGUGAAGAGGCCAUUAGGCUAUGUCAUAUUUACGAACGGGAAGUUGGAAUCAUGUAUCCCGUGCUGGAUAUUCAGAAGGUGAUCAUUCACACAAACCUGCUCUUUACCUUUCUGGAUGCAGCAUCUCGGACGGGCUUUGCGAAGUGCUUUAAACCGGGGCCUGAUUUAUUGAUCGACGAUGACACUUGCAUCCUGAAGAUGGUCCUGGCAAUUACGUUGGUCCUCGAAGGUGACGGCCAGAGCACACUAGGAAAUCGGUUUUUCACUACUACUAAACAUAGGAUCGAAAGUAGAUUGUGGGAACCCGCCGAUAUAAAAACAAUCCAGCUUUUUACUCUCAUGGGAACCUACUAUUUUCAUACCGAUGAUGAUAUUAUGGCAUAUCGAUAUAUUGGCUAUGCCACCCGCAUGUGCCUUGAGCUCGGACUGCAUAGACGAGAUGGCAUGCUUAAAAUACUCCCAAGCGAAGAGGAUGUGUCUUCUCUUGUUAAGAUGUUUUGGUCAGUAUACAGCUUGGAUCGACGUUGGAGCUUUGGCAUGGGACUGCCAUUUGUCAUUCAGGACGAGGAUAUUGAUUCCUCUCUACCAGAACCCGAUGACUCUGUCCCGUACCUGAAGGCGAUGGUGGCGUAUUGUCGUAUCAGCUCUAAGAUAUGGUAUUCUGGCUUGGGCUCCAUAGGCACGUCGACCGCCAAAAGAGAAGUGAUUGGCUUCCUUGAUUACCAAGUUCUGCAAUGGCUGAAGAAUGUUCCCGAAAACCUGAGGUUCCAUUCUUCUGAAUCUCCCGUGAGUAAUGACGGUGUCGACAGAGAGGUUCGACGAUUGCGAGUCUUACUAUAUAUACGGGGCAAUCACAUGCGAAUCCUGAUUUACCGGCCCGUCCUACAUUCCACAUCUAGCAUCCUUGAGAAUAUGGCAUAUGCCCACACCGUCGUCGACAUUGCAAAAGACACCGUCCGCGUCCUUACCCACCUCAAUCAGACAUCCGAUAUCUACCGCACCCAACAGAUGCUCUUCAACUAUUUCCUGGUUUCCGCGCUGGCAGUCCUCCUUUUGGCCGUGUCACACGCGCCUGCUGAGUUCAAUCGACAGGUCCGCGACGAGUUCUACAUGGCUCUGGACCUGGUCAAAGGGUUCAGUGCCAAGUCCUACGUUUCAAAACGCCUGUGGAAAAUGAUCAAGGGGCUUCGGGGCAUUGGGGAGAAACUGGGUCUCAUCAAUCGUCCCGCCCCGCCGGAUCUGAAUGACCCACAUUCAACUGCUGCUGUUGCCAUGGCGGGGCUAGCGGGCCAUCCCAUGGAUGUGAUGUCGAUUUACCACCGUGACAUCAACCCGAGCGGUGAACUGAGCAGCAGCCCGCAGGACGGGAUUCAGAUGAGUAACGAGCUGACCAACUUGUUCGAAGCUGUGGGAGGGUAUGGUGGCUUCCUAACUCACGCUAAUGGCACCGGGGAUAGCAUGAAUGGGGAGAUUGUCAAUGCCCAUAGUGAGCUUUCCAAUGCGGAGGGACUGGGUUCGAUUCUUGGCAGUGAAGCGGAGUUUGCACGGAUUAUGCGAGAUGUGUUUUAG